CUGACCGCUCAUUCGGUAAGCGGCAGCUUGCGUGAAGAGGUAUCUCAACGACCUGUUAGCCAAACAGCCCGCAAGUAGUGUACCAAACGGGGCCUUCCCGAGCGAACUUCCAACAGGUGAAAUUAAAGUUUGAAACUCGUCCACCUGUUGUGCGGCGUAGUAGUGCAAGUGUGGCAGCAUGGGGUUACGCGACGCAUUGCUGACGGUGCUGAUCGUGGCUAUAGUUGCAAGCACCAUUCAGCCAUCGGCCGGUGCCACCGUUCCGUUGACAUUGAAGUGCAUGUUCAACGAUCCAGACUGCAUCAUUACGAGAGCUUCCGUGCGCAUUAGUGAUGCUGGUCAGAUGCCUACCUACCAGCUAAAGAUGGAUGGGUAUGAUGGACAGACACGCGUUGUGGUUUCAUUUCCCGACAGCGUGCUGGAGUACAUUCCUGGGUCGGUUUUUGCAACUCUGCCGAAUAUUACUACCAUCCGUUUAAUGGAGACACAGACGCGCAUUCUGGACGAGAACGCCUUUCAAGGAUUGGACAGUGUUUUGGGGAUUACGAUUAUCAAUAAUCCACUGAAGGGGCUGCCGAAAAACAUCUUCCGAGGAUUGGAUAAGCUGACUACACUAAGGCUGGACGGUCUCGGGCUCACUGCCGUUGCUCCCGAAUGGUUCCGCGAUCUUGGACAGCUAAGUUCCUUAAUGCUAACUAAAAAUCGUGUGCGCACGCUAGAGGCAACCGUGUUCCAGCAUUGUCCGAAACUAGUUUCUCUCGAACUAUCGAUCAAUGCUAUCGAAAGUUUGCCAGCAACCGUGUUCGACACACUCAGUGCGAUCGAAUCCAUCAAUUUGGCGGACAAUCGUUUGACCGAAGUGCAUGAAAAUUUGUUCGCCAACAACGGUGAGCUGCGAGCGGUAAAUCUUAACAACAACUCACUCACGUACAUUUCGCCCCUCUUGUUGCGAAACUUAACCAACCUGGAGGAGCUACAUUUGCGCUGGAACCGUAUCGAAGAUUUUCAACUUCUUCUAUUUCCCUCGAUUGAACCGUUCGCGCUCGAUCUGCGCAAUAAUGUGCUCGUUUACUUUGAUCGUACCAUGCUUACGGUGCUGGAAAAUCUUCACAGCAUCUGGCUGAGUGGUAAUCGCAUUACCGGCAUUGCGCCCGAUACGUUUCACGGUGCGGUCAACACCACGGUAAUUGAGCUGGACGAUAACUACCUGGAGGAGCUGCCGGUGGAGUUGCUGGCAGGGCUCACUCAUUUGCAGACGUUUGCCGCAAGCAGCAACAAAAUAAAAACCGUCCCCGAGGAGCUAUUUCUCGAGAAUCUGGAGGUGGAACAGAUACGGCUCGAUAACAAUUUCAUCGAAACGUUACCGGGAAAGUUCCUGGCGGAAUUACCCCUGCUCGAUGUGCUACUACUCGACCGGAACAAUCUCGUGGAGUUGCAGGAGGAUGCUUUUGUGGAUUGUCCCGUGCUGCGCGUAUUGCGACUGGAACACAAUCAGCUGAACACGGUACCGGUGCGUACAUUUGCCAAACAGCAGCAAAGCCUCCAAAUUCUCGAUGUUAAGGGCAACCAUUUGACGAGUGUUGAGUUUGUGAAGGGCUUACAGCAACUUAACAGGUUAGAUUUGCAGGGAAACCAGCUGACCGAACUCCCGGGAGGCACGUUCGAGGGUACACCGGACAUAACCGAUCUGCAGCUGGCCCACAACAGUUUGUACCGCUUGACGAAUGAAACUUUCACCGGUCUGAACAAGCUUCGUGUGCUGAAUGUGUCGCACAAUCUUAUCCAAUCGAUUGAUGUUGAUACCUUCGAAGGUAUGGCGGAUUUGUACGAGUUAUAUCUUCACGAUAACAAACUUAAAAGCUUACCGGAGGAUGUAUUCAAAGCAUUGCCUUCACUGACAACACUUACGCUAGAAAACAAUGAGCUGGAAGCAAUUUCUGCAACACUGUUACAACGUCUCUCGGGACUUGCGGAACUCAGGCUGUCCAAUAACCCGAUCGCUAAUGUUGAGGAACAAUUUCUUCGCCGUAACUCUUACUUGCGACAGGUUUCGCUUAACGGGAUACGCUUGCAGAGGAUAAGCCCGAACCUGAUACCGAGACCGAUGAUGUUGCGAUUGCUGAGCCUGGAAAGGUGCUCCAUCGUGGAGAUUGAUCCGGAAGCUUAUCCGUUGUUUGGUUCGAUCUUUCCGCUGGUAUUAAAUUUGCGUGGAAAUGAACUAACGCUACUGCCGAAAGGUAUAUUCCGCAUUGCUAAUAUGUUAACGGUACUGGAUUUAUCGUUAAAUCGACUCACGGAGUUAAACCAGGAUGCAUUCACAAAGGAAAACUCGCUACUCGAACUCUCCCUGGAAGGGAACCGUAUACAGCGGCUGAGGACAGGAGAGUUCCUCAAAUUUCCCACCCUGAAGGUACUAAACCUAAGCAACAACUCGAUCGAAUCGAUUCCGGACGGUACGUUUGAGGGGUUGGAAAACCUUAAGGUACUCGAUUUGGGCUACAACAAGCUAACCCAGCUACCGACGACCAUUUUUGUCAAUUUGAUUAACCUCCAAACCAUCAGCCUUAAUGCACUGGGCGUACAAACGCUGGACAGGGAUUUGUUCAUCUAUCAACCAAACCUUCAGCAACUUUUCCUGCAGGAUAAUCAGCUACGCGAACUAGGCGCGGAUUUGUUCCGCAAAAAUUCCCAUCUAAAGCAGCUUAACGUAGCAAACAAUACGCUUGCCAGCUUCGAACUGCAGAACUACAAGCAGCUGAACGAAUCGCUCCGUACGCUGGACGUGUCCGAUAACCAGAUCGAAACAUUCAUUGUGACGGAAGCAUUAGAGGAAUUGCGUGCGGCAAGAAACAAAAUUGAACACUUCCUUUCAAUGGCCGAUGAGGAACCGACACUGGUUAAUGUCGAUCUGUCAUCGAACCGACUUUCUUCCAUCGAGUAUAUGGGCAACUUUAAACAUCUCCAAUCGUUGGACGUUUCCAACAAUCCGCUCGACGAGUUAGAUUUCACACAUUUGGGAUCGUUCUUUAAUCUGACACAUUUUAACGCUUCCUCCUUAGGCCUGGCAUCGAUUGAUCUGCAAACGCACGGUAUGUUGCUUCCUACACUGACCAGUCUGGAUUUGUCCAACAAUGGUGUGGAAAGUGUUUCGGUUGAGUUUUUAAACAGUUUCCCAAGGUUGAUCAAGCUUUACCUACAAAACAAUCCACUGCAGGGGUACGAUUAUUCGUUCUUCUUCGAAGCUCUACCGUCGUUGACUUUGCUCGGGUUGGAUCCAUAAACAAAAAAAACAAUGAGUUAACAAGUUGUAAAGGAAACUACCGCUGCGUUUUAAAACAUUAGAAUGCGAAUAAAAAUUAUUUUAAAUUGCAAAUUGCAUAUUCUUUACUAUCUAUCGCAGGCUCCAUCUUAACAAGGUUGGUAGUGCAAUAUUGUUUAGCAGCGAAAUUGGAACAACAUCCCUUUCCAAGCAUACAAUAAACAACAACUUUUUAAAUCGCUCCAAGGUGCUCCCACGUAAAAAUGUUAAACCAACCAACAAAUUACGAAGAAAUACCAGCAGCGAAAGCCUAAAAUUUCUUUUCGCUACUUUCUCGUGCUUUCACCACCUCCACCGACUCAAUUCGGUUGCGCUAAUCUAAUGGUACAAUCAUUGUUUGAACAGAGCUCAUUGUUUUCACAUCAUUUUGUUUGUCAACAAAUCCUUGUGCGUGGUGUAGCAUAGUUCAAACAAAAAACACCCUGAGUUUAUUAAAGGGACGAAAUAUGGGAGAAAAACGCAGUUUGAAGCUGUUAGUUGAUGAUAAAUGAACCAGACACAAUUUUUAAGGCGAAAGAAAAAAUACUUGUGAUGUUGCGAAAGGUUUUACCCUGAUAAUUGGGUUAGCCAUCCGUGCAGAGUAAGAUUAUGUACCCUUUUUUCCGAAGGGAUUGAAGUACACAUUCUUUGUUGGGGGGAGGAGAGAUGAAAAAUGCGUUUGAAAGUAAUGUGAAAAGAGCCGUUUUGCAGUAUAUAAUAAAUAAAUGUGCGUCAAAAAGGAUUGCGAAAAACAAUGCUUGUCUUUCAUUACGAGCAGUCGUGACAAUAAUGGUGUUAAUUUUCAUGUGUAACAU